AUAGUGAUGUGAUACUAGCAACAUAAAAUCUUACUAGUCCGUUGCUAGGUAACAAGAUGUUUUUAUUGACAAAAUUGACUGAUAACAAAUCGAUAAAAUAUUCAAAUCAAUCGAACUUCAGUCCAAAAGUGUAAUUUUAAAGAGAGUUGAAUCUUUAUUAAUUACAAAUUUUAAUUUACAAUGGUUUUAUAUAAACUCUUCAGUCAUAAUGUAGAGAUCCAAUACAAAAGUUGUCUUCUGUCUAAGGCUAUGUUAUUUACGAUAUUCACCACGUUAUUAAACAUAAUUUUACCAUUUAUCAUUGCAUACAGAAGUAGAGGAUUCUGGUUAAAAUCGCACAAUUACUACGAACAACCAGCAGUUCGAUUUCAGUAUGAAUACAUAUUAAUAGCUGAAACAGAGGAUCCUAGCCAACCUAUAGUUUGUGGAGAAGCUAGCAUUUUAAAUGGAUAUGGGUUACCAGGAGAUGAAAACUGUGCACAAAUACAAGUUCAAGAAAGGGAUUAUAAUGAAGAUGGAAAGAAUGAUUUUUUAAAUAUAGACUUCACUCUCAAUGUACCUCAACAAAGGACAGUAGUUUCAUUCAUAGGCAUUAUAGGAAUUGACUUCCAAUUACAUAAUGUAUGCCCCUUACACAUGCAGAGUUUGGUAAUAAUCAGUGAAGAAUUUGCUGUACCUCCCAAGGGGCUCACAUAUUUUGGGGAUAUGGAAUUCUAUCAAGUGACUCAUUUGACAUGCUUGCGAAAUGUAAUAGAUACUACUUACAAUAUCUCAUUAUUAAGUUACUCAAAAGAUAGCAAUGAGAAUAUAGUGGACUUUAUCUUGGGCAACUAUUAUCGGAGAGCAGUUAUAACACAAUCCAAAAGGCUUUAUAGUCAUGGCCAAAAUGGGCAUACUGGCACCAUGAAAAUUGAUGUGAAUUUGAGAAUACCAGAAAUGCUUGUGGUAUACAAACCCAGUCUACUGCAGGAAUUAAAAUGGGCCUGGCCACAAUACCUCUCCCUCAUUGUUAUCUUCUAUUGGAUAUUUGAGAAGAUCAAGAGAUUUGUGUUUCAUAAUAGAUUGUUGAUGGCUUGGGUAAUUAUUCCCUGGCGAAGUUCAUAUACAGAAACUGUUACUUAAGCAGACUCUCAAGACAAAGUAUAUAGCCUUUUUUUUGUCAAGAAAUCAGACCUUAACAAAAAAUGUAGAAUCAUAAUUUUUUAUAGUCUGGAAAAGCAAUUAAAAGCUUAAAAUUGUUAAAAGCUUAAAAUGAUGUAAUGCAUAAUACUUAAAUUUGUAAGUGAUGCUAUGCAUGCAUUUGUUCUGAUAAGUGGAGAAAAUAAUUAAAACAGUGAGUAAAAUGCAUUUUUAUUUAUAUAACAACAACACUAUUUUUAAUCUAUAUUUACACUAUUUAAUGACUUAGACACCAUAUUUAUUUUUCACUGAGUUAAAGUGAGUGUCGGGAAUCCUCCUGCAUCUGGUUUGCCAUGAUCAAGCUCAGCUCGGUUAUCUUCUAUGAUAAAAGUUUUGUUACUAUAAUCAUCAAGCUGAACCAACAAAUAUCUGCACAUAUAAUUACCAUAUUGAUUCUGAAAAAGAAACACUUAUAUUACCAUUGACUUUGUUCGUUAAAAAUACCAUCUUAAUAAGUAUGACAAAAAGAACAUUUUUUCCCUGAACGUCACUAUUUAUGUUUAAGUUGUUACUAAAAGUGAAUAAACUAGUUUUUGCAAUUGAUAAAA